CCGCAAAUGUGGACAGUAGGGAAAUUGAGGUUAAAAUUAGGGGCAGAAAGGUUGGCGAUCCGUGAAAGUGGGCGGAGACAGGAGGUGGAGGAGAGAUUUAGCUAGAUCAGGAGGGGUGUGUCUAAAAAGAGGAAGCUAGAGCAACAUAUAGCGGAGUGAAUUAAAGUGGGAGUGACAAGAAGACUGCUUCUGUCAAACUGUUCAGCCCGUGUGGUUAUUAGCUCUGUAUCUCCACCAUGGAGUCUUUUUCAGAGCUGGCUCUGCAAUUCUCCCAGUUAUCCAUGUUUCCCGUUUUUGACAGCGCUCACUAUUUGGUUUCCGUGAUGUCAGCCCGUGAGCAGCCAGGAGCUGUGGAUGUAGCCUUACGGAGUCCUAUGGCAUCAUGGUUUAGCGCCAUGCUUUACUGUUUUGGUGGUGGAAUUUUAUCCUCCAUUAUGCUUGCAGAACCACCUGUGGCAGUUCUUUCAAAUAGCACUAAUAUUUUUUUUGCAUCUGUAAUCUGGUAUGUGGUACAUUACUUCCCAUCAGACCUAUUUUACAGUUUCUUUUGCUACCUUCCCAUCCGACUCAUUGUUGCAGGAAUGAAAGAGGUGACUAGAACAUGGAAGAUUGUAUCUGGAGUUACUCAUGCAGACAGCCACUUCAAAGAUGCCAUGCUUGUUAUGGUUGCCAUAGGCUGGGCGAAAGGUGCUGGCGGUGGUCUUAUCUCCAACUUUGAGCAGCUUGUGAGGGGUGUCUGGAAACCAGAGACUAACGAAUUUCUUAAAAUGUCUUACCCAGUAAAGGUGUCGUUGAUUGGUGCAGUUCUAUUCACACUGCAACACACCCAGUAUCUUCCAAUUUCAAGACACAAUAUCAUGUUUAUUUAUACCAUGUUUCUGGUUGUUACAAAGGCAAGAAUGAUGUUGUCAAAUUCUAAAGAAUCUCCAUUCCAGCCUAUUGAGGCUGCACUGGGUCGGCUUCUCUUCGGUUGCCAAUGUGAAACAUCAGGCACAGCAGGAAGCAAAGGACAACCUUCCAAGCAACCCUCAGAAAAGGAAAGUGAAAGUGCUACGAAGCAACAAGAUAAAAAAAAAGACUGAGUGGGUUGCAAAGCUAAUGUGUAUUUAAAUACUGUAAAUGAUUGAAAAAAACAUUCACUGCCACUUACUGUGAAAGCACAAAUGUGACUAGUUACUUUUUUACACUAAUCUGAGUCAAAUUUGCUGUGAUUUGCAUACCUCAAAUUAUAUAAAUUUGUAAUAUGAUAUAGUUCCUAUUUCCCUCACUGUCACAUACUGGUAAACUCUACUAAGCAACAAAAGACCAUGUCUACAAUACAGGCUGUGCAAAGGAAAAGCUUUACAAAGUUGUUUAUUUAUUUUGAAUUAUGCCUGCUAUCAGAUAGGAAUGUUGUGUAUUUUUCGAUCCAGACAGAACAUACAAUUUAUAACAACUUUCCAAUUUAUUUCUAUCAAAUUUUCUUUGUUUUAUUGUUGUUUUUUGUUGAAAAGCAGGCAUGUAAGUACAUGAGUGUGCACGUGUCUGUAGGACUAUAUGGCAGUAGUUUUGCAACAAUGUUAUACAAUAGCAAGAGCACUAGAUGGCAGCACUAUUUCCCGUCAUGUAGUGCUCCAAAUAUGUGCACAAUAUCUAUCUAGAUAUCUGUUCAACAAAGAAUAACAAGAGAACAAAACAAAUUUAAUAAUAGAAAUAACUUGGACACUUUUUUAAAAACUGUAUUCUCUGAAUUAUUUUAUUAAAAAUAUUUGAUAAUUUGUGAAUAAAAUAAGCAUAUUUAUAAUUAAAUUAAAGAUCAUAAUUUAAAUGGAAGUAUGGUUUUGAUAUAUAUAUAUAUAUUUUCUGUAAAUGUAUAUACAUAAAUAUCUUUUGGCA